GAGAAGUCUCUUCUCUCAUCUUCAUCAUAAAAAGAGUUAACUUUUGUCUUCUCAGUUUGGUCUGCAUAUUUUCUGUUUUAAAGUCUCUGGUUGUCUCCCUGCUAUGUGGUUUCCGUGUGCGUUAAGGAGGAAAGCCUUGUGUUUGUAAACUUCUGUCUCCACGAAAUUCGCUCUGGCUAAAUUUUAAAUCAUGGUUGGAGGAGGAAGAAGUGCGCAGAAGCUGACUACAAAUGAUGCACUUGCGUAUCUCAAAGCUGUCAAGGAUAAGUUUGCAGAUAAACGCGAAAAGUAUGAUGAGUUUCUUGAGGUCAUGAAAGAUUUUAAAGCUCAGAGAGUUGAUACUAGCGGUGUCAUCUUGAGGGUGAAAGAGCUAUUCAAAGGGAACCGAGAGCUGAUCCUGGGUUUCAAUACUUUCUUACCAAAGGGUUUUGAGAUAACUCUCUUACCUGAAGAAGAUGACCAACCUCUCCCAAAGAAGCCUGUUGAGUUUGAGGAAGCUAUUAGCUUUGUCAACAAGAUUAAGACAAGGUUUCAAGGUGAUGACCGUGUAUACAAAUCGUUUUUAGACAUUCUGAACAUGUAUAGAAAGGAGAACAAGUCCAUUACUGAGGUCUACCAGGAGGUGGCUAUCCUUUUCCGGGACCAUCAUGAUUUGCUUGUGGAGUUCACUCACUUUCUCCCAGAUACUUCAGGGACUACCUCUACUAAUGAUCUUGUGAAAAUAUCUGUACCUGACCGAGGAGGCUUUAAAUCUCUUCCCACCAUGCGAGACUCUGACAAGAAGGACCGGAUCAAUGCGUCACAUGCUGACCAUGACUUCAAAACUGAACAUAUGGAGCUAGACCAGGAGAGAUCUUUGUUGAAAGAAAGUAAAGAAGACGUUAGACGCAUUGACAAAAAGAAUGAUUACAUGGAUGACCAGAAAGGGCAUUUCCUCCACAGUAAGAAGAAGCUGACACUAAGGGAUGAAGAUUCUACUGAAACCUCGAAUCAGGGUAGAGAAGGAGACAAGUUUUGUGGAGCCAUUGCCACUUCAUCUACUAAAGAUGAUAAAGGCCAUGUCCAAGAACUUGCUUUUGUUGAUAGAGUGAAGGCAAAGCUUAAUACCUCUGAGUACCAAGAGUUCUUACGAUGUCUUAAUCUCUUUUCAAAGGAAAUAAUCAGCCAACCAGAGUUGCAGUCUUUGGUGGGUAAUUUAAUUGGAGGAUAUCCAGAACUCAUGGAAGCCUUCAGAGUCUUUUUGGUUCAGUGUGAAAAGAAUGAUGGACUACUCUCUAGUAUUGUGACUAAGAAAUCCUUGUGGAGUGAUGGAAAAUUUCCUCAGCCUACCAAGUCACAGGACAAAGAUACAGACCGAGAACGUGAGAAGACUGAAAGGCUUAGAGAAAGAGACCGUGAGAAGGAGAGGCUUGAAAAGGCGGCAGCGAGCCAGAAAUGGGCUAAACCUAUCAGCGAACUAGAUCUCUCCAACUGUGAACAAUGCACUCCUAGUUACCGGUUACUUCCAAAGAAUUAUCCAAUUCCUAUUGCAAGCCAGAAAAUGGAGAUUGGUAGCCAGGUGCUUAAUGAUCAUUGGGUCUCUGUCACUUCAGGAAGUGAAGAUUAUUCAUUCAAACACAUGCGUAAGAACCAGUACGAAGAGAGCCUCUUCCGCUGUGAAGAUGACAGGUUCGAGCUAGACAUGCUAUUAGAGUCUGUGAACUCAGCUACCAACCGAGUGGAAGAGUUAUUGGCAAAGAUUAACAAUAAUGAAUUGAAAACCGAUACUCCCAUCUGUGUAGAGAAUCACCUCACAGCUCUAAACAUAAGGUGCAUAGAACGUUUAUACGGUGACCACGGGCUGGAUGUGAUUGAUUUGUUAAAGAAGAAUGCAUAUCUUGCUUUACCUGUAAUACUGACACGUUUGAAACAGAAGCAAGAAGAAUGGGGAAGGUGUCGUUCUGAGUUUAACAAAGUAUGGGCUGAUAUAUACACCAAGAACUACCACAGAUCACUUGACCAUCGCAGUUUCUAUUUCAAACAGCAGGAUUCAAAGAAUCUGAGCGCAAAAGCUUUGUUGGCAGAGAUAAAAGAGAUCUCUGAGAAGAAGCGAGUAGAGGAUGAUGCACUUCUUGCUCUUGCUGGUGGAAACAGGCGAACUAUUUGCUCCAACAUGAGUUUUGAUUAUCUGGAUCCUGAUCUACACGAGGAUCUUUAUCAGCUGAUCAAGUAUUCUUGUGGAGAAAUGUGUUCAACAGAACAGCUAGAUAAAGUUAUGAAGGUGUGGACAGAGUUUUUGGAACCGAUGUUUGGUGUUCCUUCUCGCCCUCAAGUUGCUGAAGACCGAGAAGAUGCCGUCAAGUCUACUACGAACCAGAAUAUAAAAAGUGGCGAUGCAAGUGCGGGCAGUCCUCAAAAUGGAGCUACUGUUGCCAGCACUGUGCGGUCAAAUGGCCCUGGAAAAGCCGAUAGAGAUGUCACCGGCAGUAAGUCUUCAAAUGACAACAUUCAGAAUGAUAAAAUUUCGAAAAAUCAAACCACACCUGAAGAAAGGCCUGAAACCAAAGAAGCUGUUACUAUUGAACGUGUGCAUAGCUCAAAUUCACCACCUGUAGAUGGAUUGAUACCUCAAAGGAAUGGGAAAACCAGCGUUUUAUCCAUUGUUGGGCUUAGCAAUAGUAUUCCAAAACCUGGUGGUUUAACCGGUGGAAUGGAGAUGGAGUUGAAGCCAAACCACGUAAAUGGUACAUUGGCUGAAACAUCGAAUAAUCAAAGAUCUAACGAAGUCUCUGCUGGGGAAACCAAAGUUGAAAGAGAGGAAGGUGAGCUUUCUCCUACGGGAGAUUUUGAGGAAGAUAACUUUGCAGAGAAUGACUUGGAUGCUCUCAGCAAUGGUAAGAAUGAAAAUAACUUAAACAAGAGAAGUAGUGGAGAGAAUGAUGCUAAUGCGAAUGAUGAAGGCGAUGAAAGUGCACCAAGAUCAUCAGAAGACAGCGGAAACACAUCUCAUAACGGUGAUGUUUCUGGAACUGAGUCUGGUGAUGGUGAAGAAGAUUGUUACCCUGAAGAUGAUAACAAGGCAGAAAGUGAAGGUGAGGCUGAAGCUGAAGAAGGUAUGUCUGAUGCUGAAGGAAAUAGGCCUGUGUUGCCCGUUUAUGCGCGAAGCCUGCUGCAUGUGAAGCCUCUGUCUAAGUAUGUCCCUCCAGCUAUACUCGAUAAGGACAACAAAGAUGAUUCUCAGAAGAAGAACUCAAUAGUCUUUUAUGGGAAUGACUCUUAUUACGUUCUUUUCAGGCUUCAUCAGAUUUUGUAUGACAGAAUACUAUCAGCAAAGAUCAAUUCAUCGUGUCCUGAAAGAAUGUGGAAGACCUCAAAUUCAACAAACCCUGCAGAUUCCUACGCCAGAUUCAUGAAUGCUCUCUACAACUUGCUUGAUGGCACGUCUGAUAACUCCAAGUUUGAAGAUGACUGCCGAGCAAUCAUUGGGACACAGUCAUAUGUUCUCUUCACAUUAGACAAACUGAUCUACAAGCUCAUCAAGCAUCUCCAAGUAGUAGCAGCUGAUGAGAUGGACAGCAAACUACAACAGCUGUAUUCAUAUGAGAAAUCAAGAAAGCCUGAGAAGUACCUCGAUGAUGUUUAUUAUGAAAACGCUCGUGUUCUUCUUCCUGAUGAAGAUGUAUACCGCAUUGAAUGUGAGAUUUCAGCACCAACAACAUUAUCUAUUCAGCUUCUGGACUAUGGACAUGAUAAGCCUGAUGUGACUUCCAUAUCCAUGGACCCAACUUUUGCAGCUUACCUCCAGAAUCAAUUCCUUUCCAGCCAAGCUAAGGUGAAAGAGAAUCCUCGAAUCUAUCUAAACCGGAAUAAACGUAAAAACGGUGAUGACGAUGAGCUCUGCACCACGGAUGGAGUUAAGAUUAUAAACGGUUUGGAGUGUAAGAUAACAUGCAGUUCUUCAAAGGUCUCGUAUGUAUUUGACACAGAGGAUGUAUUGCAUCGUGUUAAGAGGACGAAGGUUUUGAACCAAAGCAGCGAUUCUUUAAUUAGGGAAAGGAGGAUACAAAGAUACCAAAAACUUCUCGCCAGCCAAUGACAUUUUCUCACUUACACUCAGGCAAACGCUCGUGAAUAAGACACAAGGAUGCCAUUCUUUUUGCUUGUUAUACAUCAGGAUUGAGAUUUUGUCAGAAGAGAAGAAAACUAAAGAUGGCACUCUCUCACCUAUGCUGCUGCUGUUGCCUCUGCUCCUUUGUUGAAAUCUCACUGAAAAUAGAAAAGGGAAGGAGGAGAAGAUCGAAGGAAUACUGAGAAGGAUUAAGCUUUUCCACAAUUGGUGUAUAUAAAGCUUUUUGUAUGUUGUAACAUUAACAUAAAGUUCAUCUCUUUGUUUGGUACAUAUUCUUUCCAACAUUAGUCACAUGAAUGCAAAAUUGGUGAAUUAAUCA